AUUAUAAACGGAAAUAUAUUCGUUAGUUGGAUAGCAUUGGAAAAUUCAUAUAAUGUCACUCUUAAAAGGAUUAUUUAGUCAUAAGUUAAAUGCACAAAAACUGAUUGGAAAUGUGAUAAGCUCUUCUGUUAUUGCUUCUAAAUCCAUUCGGGUUAGGCCAUACUGUGCCGAAGCAGAUCUUGAGGAAGGUGAGGAAAAUACUGAAGCUACACAACCUAAAGGCAGGCCAGAGCAUGAUGUAGAAACAAGCAUUAAAUAUCUUAAUAGCGAAGCAUACAAAACAACAUAUAGAGAUGCUAAAGUCUGGGAACCGUAUAGACGAAACCACAAAGGAGCAUUUGCCCCUAGUAAAACCAGAAAAACUUGCGUGAGAAAGGGGGUCAUGGCUACGGGAAACCCAUGUCCUAUUUGCAGAGAUGAAUAUUUGGUUUUGCAUCCCAAGAAUGUUAAACUGCUAGACCAAUUUAUAAGUCCCUUUACUGGAGAAGUUCUAUCAUAUACCAAGACAGGUGUUUGCCAAAAACAACAUAAAAAUCUAUUGGUUGCUGUUGAACAGGCAUGGGACUUAGGAUACAUUAAAAUGCCAUUACCUACUCGAUUGUAUGAUUAUUCAUUAUAUAAAGAUUCAUCAAAAUAAAAUAUUCUUGUAACUAGGUACUAUUUAAUAAAUUUUCACACAAACUUAA